AUGGCGAGUGUGCGCCCAAAGCGCCCGGGCGCGCCCCGCCGUCGCCGCCCCUCGUGCGGCCCGGCGGGCGGCAGCGGCGGCCUGCUGCCGCGGCUGUGGCACACGCCGCGCUGGGUGACGCUGAUGGCCGUGGCGGUCGCCGGCUGCGCGCUCGGCUGGCUGUAUCCCAACCCCUCGAUCCCUCCGCCGUGGGGCGAGAUCAUCCUCCACCUCUUCACAAAGGACGUCUCCGGCCUCUCCUUUGACUUUCUCGCCCUCAACCUGCUUGGCUGGUUUGCCUACGCCACCUUUAACGUCGGCAUCUACUUUGGCUUCGGCUGCCCGCGCAGCGCCCCACCGGCACCCAGCCCCGCCGCACGCGCAGCAGCUGCCGCGGCGGGCUACGCCUCCGCUUCCGGUGACGGCGUUGGGGAAGCCUCGGAGGCAGGGUUUGAUGGGGAUCGUUACUGCCAGACUGCGGUGGACGUAAACGACGUGUUCUUUGCUGUCCAUGCGUUAGUGCUCACGCUGGUGCUGCUUUGCCAGUGCCUGGUCUACCCGAGCGGCGGGCAGCGCGUGCACGGCGCCGUGCGCGCCGGCGUCCUGGCGGCGGCGGCGACGGCGGGGGCGUACGCGGCGGCGGUGGCGCUGUGGGGCGGCGAGGGGGGCGGGCUUGGGGGCGGGGCGGCGCCGGCGUGGCUGGCGGGGCGGCUGCUCUGGCGGGACUGGCUCUACUUUCUGUCAUAUGUAAAGAUGGGGGUCACUAUGGUCAAGUACGUACCCCAGGUCAUGUUCAACUGCGCGCGCCGCAGCACCAAGGGCUGGUCGAUCCUCAACAUCCUGCUCGAUUUUAUGGGCGGCAUCCUGUCCAUGGUACAGCAGCUUGUCACCUGCUGGCGCGCCGGCAACUGGGCAGCCAUCACCUCCAACCCUGUGAAACUUGGCCUGGCCAUCAUCUCCAUUUUUAUGGACGCGAUUUUCAUGUUCCAGCAUUACGUUCUCUUCCCUGAAGAGGGCAGGGAGGCGCCCCUCAAGUGCACCUACACCAAGUGCCCCCUGUCCGGCGCCCUCUCUGUGAUAUACGAGGACGCAAACGAGGGCGACGGCAGCCUCUGCUCUCUGCUCCGCAGCGUGCGAACCAGCGCGAGGAGCGGCCCGCGCUCUGGCGCGCGCUCGCUGCCCCCGCCCGCCCGCGCGGCCGGCGGCGCCGGCGGCACCGGCGGGCCGGCGCCGUCGCGGCAGAUGAGCGUCGCGGCGGGCGGGGAGCUGGGCGACGUGGCGGCGGCCGCGGCGGCUGCGGUGGUGGCCGCCGGCGAGGUCCCGGCGGCCGCCGGUCCUAUUGGUGGCGCGCGGCAGCUGCGCCCCUCGCGGUCGACCCAUGCGUCUCGGCGGAUCCGGGUCCCGGCGCUCAGCACGCCGUUUGGCGGGGCGGCCGUCCAGGCAGCGGCGCCCGCGGACGAGUCGGACGGCGCACGGGCGCCGCUGCUGGGUGGCCAGCAGGCGGCUGAUGGGGGCCGCACGCUGCCGUCCACGCUCAGCGUGCAGAGCGUGCGCGUUAUCAUCGAAGACGUUGACGUAGACGACCUGGAGGACGACCGAUGA